GCUAUUCUCCGUAAAACGUAAAAGAGGGGGGAAAGGGAAACCAAUCUAAACCAGAAAACUGAAAAGCUCCGAACAUGAGGGGUUGCUGCAAAACCCUAAUCCAGAGUUCCCUCCCUUCCCUCCACAACUCGAAGCCCUGCUACAUCUCCAAUUCCAGCCAUGCCUUCCCCUUCCUCCCCCGCGCUCUCCCUAGCUUCUCCUUCAAUUCCUCAUCUCCCAGAGCUAAACGUCCCCACACCUUCCAUAUCCACUCUUCCCGUUCUAAUUCCAGUUCUUCAGCAGCACUAGGAGUAGCAAUCUCUUCGGAAUCGGCCGAAGAUGAACCCCAAGACGACCCGAAGAGGGACACCGUGGAGCACUUGCUCACCAACCCAGACGACAUUUCCAGGCUGAUGAAGAUGGAGAGGCGGCAGCAAGGCGACUGUGAGAAGCCAUGGUUUCCUUACUUGGAUGCGUUCAAAUGUGGGAAUGGCGCGUGCUUGAGUAGCGGAGAAGUGUUGGAAGCAAUGGCGCCGUAUAUGAUGGAAGAGAGGAGAGAGAGGUUCAGGACCGCCGUGAAGAACCGGAGUUACUCGGUUUGUCUGGUGGUGGAAGGGUUGAACGAUUUCGGGAACGUUUCUGCUACGUUUCGUUCUGCUGAUGCGCUCGGGUUUCAGUCUGUUCAUGUCAUCAACCCGGAUAGCUCGAAAAGGUAUAGAGAUAACCGCCAUGUUAGCAUGGGAGCUGAGAAAUGGUUGGACAUUGAGUUGUGGGACUCUACUGCAGAGUGCUUCCAAGUUCUCAAGUCUCGUGGUUAUCGAAUUGCUACAACGCAUGUUGGAAUGGAUGCGGUAUCGAUUUAUGACAUGGAUUGGUCAUGCCCCACUGCAAUAGUUGUUGGCAACGAACAUAGGGGGAUAAGUGACCAGGCACUUGGACUUUCAGAUCUGCAUUGCAGUAUACCAAUGAAUGGCAUGGUCGACUCUUUCAAUGUAUCAGUUGCUGCUGGCAUUCUCAUGCACCAUGCUGUUUGUGACAGAACUUCUCGUCUGGGGCGGCAUGGGGAUUUAACAGCAGAAGAAAGUAAGAUACUGCUGGCUGAGUUCUCACUGCGCCAUAGCAAGAGCGCGAUAAGCAUCGCACAUGAAUAUGCAAAGAGAAGUAAGGCUUCCACGCCUCUACCAAAGCUGUGAUGCAGACAGUAAGAAAAGCAAAGAAACAUCUGCAACGGGCAAAUUUGCGUUGGUUUCAAUUUCAUGAGAGGCAAAUAAGAAAUCACACAGUUAAUUGGUGCUUGCCUGGAAACAAGUGGAGGUGACGAGCUUUAUCAAGUGCAGGCUCUAAAGAGAGAACUCAAGCAGGUAUAGAUACUGAUGGCUUAGAUUCCUUACGACUCAAAAACAUUGUACUUGUUACAUGCUUAUCAUUUUGAUAAUGGAAAAUGCUAUUUGGUCUUCAGAACCUCCCCUUAUAAUUGAUCUCACUGCCAACCCUGCUAAAACUUGAGAUGAUUUGAGUGUUUCAGAAUGUUGUGGUGAUGCCACCUAAGUCCAUCCAUUGAUUGAGAUCCUGCCAACAUGAUUGGAACUGAUAGGGUGCCUUUAACUGAGUAACCGGACCUGCUGAUGUGAAACACCCAGACCAGACGCAUACAGUGCUCGAACGGACUGGUCGAACCAGAAAUCGAUCUUAGCAUCUGUUUUAAACUAACUACCCAGAAAUCAGUUGCUCACAGCUUUGUUCGAUUUGAUUUUUAGACCAAUUUCUUUAGAGCAUCUAAUUGCCUCAAAAUCAAGGGAUCAAAAGAGU